CCCUGGUUCUCCCCUCCUGCCUUCUUUCUUCUUUGUCUUAUUCAUAUUUGAUUAUUUUCUCCAUUUUCCAAUUAAGCUGCCGUUUUCCAUUCCGUCUUCUUCCCCAGAUUAUCACUUCAUCAGCCAGCAACCAUUCUAUUCUAUUGGUUCGUUUCGGGUUUUGUUUCUUUGGGACUUUGGCUGCCUGGCUUCCUUCUGGUUUCUAUCUGCCUGCUUCUCCAGUUUUAGCAGAGUCCCCUUGCAGGGAGGAAGAAUUUCCCUUCCAUUUCCCAUCUCUCUCUGUCCAAUUGGAAAAAGCUGCAAUUUUUCAGUUAUACCCACCAAGAUUUGAGAUCUAAUUCCUCUCCGUUGCCCUGUUUCUACUGAUUUUCUAAUCCUGCUUCUUCCGCUGCCGCCCGCCUGCCCCGCCGAUGGUGUCUGGUAAGUUGCUCUUCCUUCUUAUUCUCCUAUUGCUGCUGCUGAUUUUGUGCUUGGGAAUGGGAAAUUCACCCUGAUCGUCAUAGCUCUAGCUUCUUUGGGUGCGCUAUGCAUACACGUAUUAUUUCCCUCUCAGCUGAAGUUUUCUUUACUUUUGGGCAUUCCAGUCUCUUGCUUGUCAAACGUAAUUUCUGUCUUUCCUUAUCUAGGUCUCCUCUGUUUCCAUUUGCACGAUCCUAAUUGGAUAUCCGAGUUGUUAGAAACACUAGCUUCUUCUUUUCCCCUGAAUUUGGUUGUUUUUACUUUUUAGGGUUCCAUCCAUCUUUCUAUCCCUGCCCAGUUAUGUUCCCUUCGAUUGCGGUUUGCUUGCUAGCUACGCCCCAUCCUUUCUUUUUCCUUGAUUCAUCUUAUCUGUACAGCUGCUUCGGCAUCAGGCUAAGUUGGAUGAAUCCCCUUAGUCUGAAGCUCCACUUGGUCCCUUCACUUGCCUCUUUAGCUUUGCUGGUCCAUCUCAGUCUCAAACUAGCAAAAUUUGUGUUUAUUCUGUGGUAGAGUUCAUAGCUAGCUGUGAUUUCUAUCCAGUUACAACAUUUGCACGAAUCCUUCUUGUAUGCUACACCAGUGGAUUCUUGAGCUAUUGUUAUCUGCAAUCAUGGUGUAUGUGCUUGUAUGCACUCUCUCCGUAUAAGUUUGGAUGCUAAACAUCUCGGCAGUGAAUGCUACGAAGCAGUGAAGGCUGAAAAAUUAGCUUGAGGGAUAGACAUGAACUUUGUUUGUUAAGGAGACCGAGAUGGUUUUCUGUUUAGGUUGCUGGGUUGAUGUGGAUGUUGUGCAUCCAAUGUUAAGGCUUUAUUUUCAAAACAAUGGAAAUUGUAUUCGAAUUGAAACUCCUCAUGUGCUACGGAAAAUAUCCAUCAGACAUUUAUCAAUAUGCAAUCUUCUCGUGCUCCGUAAAAUCUAUGUAAUGGCAUCCUUCUCCGCCAGUUCUGUUUGAAGUAGAAUUGUCCGCUGAGAUGCCGCUUGGUGAAAAAAAAAAACAAUUGGGGGUGAAAGAUGGACGAGGAAAGACCUAUUAUGAUUACAUAAAUGCCUUCUCUAAGUGUCUUGAUGUGCCAAAUGUUAAUUAGAUUAGUGAUUCCUCGUCGUAGCUUCAUGGUCGGAUGUUUUUCUGAAUCUGAACUACUCCAUUUAUAAAGUAGGAUGCUAGGUCAUGAAAAAUUUGCCAACUUUUGCUUUCUGCUUCCAAUCGAAUGUCUUGGAUCUGGUUGCAGAUGACUGAUGCAUUUUCCAGCCCAACUAUUGAUCCAAGUUAAAGUUUGGUUCCUAAAAACACACUAGUUCAUGGUCAUCUAGAAGUGAGGUGUUUUUGUGCAAUGGACCCCGUCGAUGAUGGGAACAACAUGCACAACCAGAGCCUUGCCUCCAAGCAGCGACUGCGCUGGACUCAUGAACUUCAUGAGCGUUUUGUUGAUGCUGUAGCACAACUUGGUGGGCCAGAUAGGGCUACUCCAAAAGGUGUUCUCAGGGUCAUGGGUGUACAGGGCUUAACUAUAUAUCAUGUCAAGAGUCAUUUACAGAAAUACCGACUUGCCAAGUACCUUCCAGACUCCUCUUCUGAUGGGAAAAAAGCUGACAAGAAAGAAGCCGGGGAGAUGCUUUCUAAUUUAGAUGGCUCAUCUGGAAUGCAAAUCACAGAAGCUCUCAAGCUGCAGAUGGAGGUGCAAAAGCGACUUCAUGAACAGCUAGAGGUGCAGCGGCAGCUGCAGUUACGUAUCGAGGCACAAGGGAAGUACUUGAAGAAGAUAAUAGAAGAGCAGCAGAAGCUGAGUGGAGUGCUUGCAGAUGGACAACCACCUGGCUCUGGGGGGAUUCUUCCACCAGCCCUAGGGUCAUCAGCUGACCUAGAAUCCGACAAGACCGAUCCUACAACCCCUGUCCCAAGCGAGUCCCCGCUCCAGGACAAGGCCACAAAGGCCAAGAGCUUUUUGAUCGCUGAACCACUCCAACAACAGCAUCACCACCCGGAGCCAAUGACCCCUGAUUCUUGUGAUGACAUGGGCUCUCCAGACGAUGAUAGUCCUACAGCCGAAAGGUCGUUGAAGAAGCAGCGUCUAAGCAUGGGGCCAGGACAGUUUGGUAACAAACCGGAUAUGCUUUUCCCGCACCAGAUACUGGAGUCUAGCUUGAACUCUUUCGCUCAGUCCCAGGCUCACCCUGUGUUUGCUACCAGUCGAGAGGCGUUUGAUCCUUCAAAUGGGCUAUCGAUUGGGAUGGACAGUCAAAUGGAGAAGAUUUCAGGAGGGGAUCUCUAGCGCUUGGAUGGUGGGCUCUUUAGAAUUAAUUGACUUGGGGUCAUUUUAUUAUCAUCAUCGUCAUCCUGUGUCUUUUAUGUAAUUUGGGGAAGAAGAAUACAUGGUUGAUUAAUCAGGCUAGAAAAUGGAAGAUUAAUAUUAGCCAAGAGCCCAAAACAGACAAACAGACGAGUAAGUUUCUAAGGAAAAAGCAGCAGGCUGUUCAUUAUAUUGUUUUUUCCCCACUUCGCCCUUUUCUCUUUUUUUUUCCCCCUUCCUAAUAUGCAGUAGAUGCCUGUCUUGUUUAAUUCAGAGAGAAAUAUUUGUGAUGCUCGCUAAUUUAUCGUAGACUAGUCUGUUAAUCCAAUAACGCCUCUAUACUCUGUUUGAAGAAAUGCCUUGACAUGAAAAGUGGAAACAAAGUAACCACAAAAUGCAAUUGAUGGUAAUACAUGGCAAUACUGCAC